GCGCGUGGUUUCAAAAACCACGCGCCGCGCGUGGUUUUAAGAAGGAAGUGGCCAACCGGCCACUUCUUUCAAAGAAAAAAAAAAUAAAAAAUUGCUGUGGCCGACAGGCCACAGCUUUCUCCCUUUUUUUAAUGGGAAAAGGAGUGGCCUCGGCCACUCCUUCCCAUUAAAAACCAAGAAAGUGGCCGACCGGCCACUUCUUUCCGUACCAAUUUAACGAUAUUAAGCUGGGAUUUUCUGUUAAUCUGGGAUUAACAGCACGAUCUUAAGCCUCUCGUUCGGUUAUAAAAACCGAACGAGGCUCACUUCUUUCCCAAACAAUUUGAGGUUGAGACUUGAGAGGUUCUAGUUAAGGUGCGGAGACGGAAAGAUUUGAGAGAUAGCGAGGAGGAGGUCCUGCCCAAAAAAUCCAGCGGAGACUAUUUAAGGUGCGGUUUUUUUAUCCUAUAUUAUUUUAUUAAUUUUGUUAAUAAUUUACUUAAAAAAAAUAGUUUAUAAAUUACUUAAAUAAUAAGAUAAUGCAAAAAUUUACUUUAUUAGCUUAAUUUUUUGAUAAGUUGUCCUUUUAUGAUAGAAAUGGAGCCAUCAAGAAAAACGAACCCUGCAAAGCGUGAUAUUGGCUGGUCUUAUGGGCGAAGACUUGGAAGUGAGGGGCAACGACACCAGUUUCAAUGCAAGUUUUGCGACAAGGUUUUCAAGGGAGGAGGGGUAACCAGGUUGAAGCAACACUUAGCCGGAAAUUCCGGUGAGGUUGCUACAUGCCGAAAUUGUCCUAACGAGAUUCGUGUGCUGAUGAGGCAGAAUCUUGCUGAGGCCAAAGAAGCGAAGGAGAUGGCUUCCAAGAAGAGGGCGGAGGUCGAUUGCCAAGCGGCAGAGCCACCUUCCUAUCACUCUAGGGAGCCAGAGGAGGUCGAGGAUCUAGAUGAGGAGGAGGCAGAUAUUCAGGCGGCCAUGCAUGCAAGCCUGGAUGAUCAGUGGCAGUAGGAGGAGGUGGCCAGGCAUAGGGCUCGAUUUGGGCCCUCUGCAUACGAGUCGGGCGGCGGUUCUCGAAGCACUAGACAAGAUCCAGAGUUCUUGAGGACAACUUCAGUAAGGGAGGGCGUCGGCAAAGAACGUGGCCGGAUUGCAUCUAUGCUGGGUGGUUUUGGUAGCCGAAAGAAGUCAUCUAGAGGAGUUGCAGAAGGAGCGACAAUUCAUGAUGUAGAUCCGCAUGCUCUCCCCAGUAGAGAUUCAAGGCAGCAGAGGGUAGACACAAUGUGGAUGAAGGAUAAGAAGAAAACUAUGUGGCGAGCUAUUGGAUCCUGGUUUCACUUCAGCCACAUCCCAGCGAAUGUGGCAGAC